UUAAAUGACCAAUACCUUCUCAAUACUCUCCCCCAAUCUGUUGUCCAAUUGACAUUCCCGUUUGUUCAUCUCCCAAUUCAGAUUGGUAGCAUUCCAGAACAUAUCACCAAGUUGAGAACUGGCGAUUCUUUCAAUGAACCAAUCAGAAUUGGAUUGCUACCAUGGUCACUUCAAUCAUUGACACUGGGUCAGAAUUUCAAUCAUCUCAUCACACCUGGAUCAUUACCAUCGCUCACCUAUCUCGAGUUUGGUAAUCAAUACAAUACACCAUUGAUGCCAGGUUCAUUACCUGACAACCUUAGAACAUUGAAGCUUGGCUAUAUGUUCAAUCAACCUAUUACCUCGGACAGCCUUCCAUCGUCACUCACCUCACUAAACUUUGGUGAUCACUUCAAUCAAGUACUUCCAACAUCAUUGCCCAUCUCACUUGUUGAGUUGUCAUUCAAUUAUAAUUACAACAACUUAGCAUAUGGUUAUUAUGGUAUUCCAACACAUGGAUUCAAUCAAAUCAUAACCCCAGGCACACUUCCAGGAGGACUCAGGUCUUUGAGUUUUGGACCAACCUUCAAUCAAUCUCUGUCACCUGGUGUUCUUCCCGACUCAUUGACAUCACUGGAAAUGAUACAUCCAUUCACUAAACGAUCAAAAGACUACUUCCCAGAGUCACUCCGUCAUCUGACUAUUCUCUCGGUUGAACAACUUGUGCUCAUUAUUGAUAAUCUUCCAAUGAAGAUGGAGACAGUAUUGUUUAAAAGCCCCUAUCAUGUAGGUGACAAGUCCUCAAAGCCAUUCCCAAGGUCUUUUAUAGGUAUUGAAUCAAUCAUUCUACCUGCAUCACUUCAACCGUCCAAUAUGUAUGGUUCACGAAGGUCUUCAAAGAAGAAAAAGAUCAUUAAACCUCCAUUAGGUAGCCCUGAGAGCAGACAAAUCAACUUCUUUAAGGAGGUCAUGGCUUCAAUGCCAAAUGUCCGUACGAUCCAACUCACAUCCCACUCUCUAGGAAUAUGUAGGAGGUUGGAUAACCACUUGGCCAUCUCCAUCUCCAAUCAAACUAUUUCUAACUUCCAUCUCAUG